UUAUUAUGGUUUUGUUUCCAGAUUUCACAUGAAAUCAAUAUAUCUAGGCAACAACAUAAAUUUACGGCCAAAAUCUGAAUGAUUUCUAGUCUAGAAGUAAGAAUCGAUCUUCAAGAGGGUGCUUACUGCUUAUCUUUCGUGUUUGUUCAAUUCUGAUAAAACCACACCUGGUCCUAAAAUUAUGCCGAAAAGAACGAAGAAAGCAGAUUCUUCAGACUCUGAUUCUGGCCAAGAAGACAGAGGUCCAGUUAAGAAACAAAAGAUAACCCCGGAAGAGGAAAACUCAUGGUAUCUAGGUAAUAAACGUUUCGUUAAACUUUCCGAAUACAAGAGUAAAUGGUAUGUCAACAUCAGAGAAUUUUACGAAGCUAAUGGAGAGUUGAAACCUGGCAGAAGAGGUAUGAUGCUAACUAUGGAACAAUGGCAAAAAUUGAAAGGAAUUGUUGGUGAAGUUGAUGAGGCCAUCAAGAAGAAUGUUUAAUGAUAUCAAGCACUACGUGAAUUAUAUUACUUUUACUUGUAAAUAAAUAAAUCAGAUAUGUAAAAUAAGGUUAAUUACUUUGGAAGAAUUGUUCUAAAAUUAUAUAAUAUUGAGUUAGAUAAUAA